GUUGAUUUUCCAGAUGCAGACGAGACCUGGGACCGGUCAGCAAUUGAAAGCUCCUUGGGCUUCUUCCUCACACAAAGCUCUUUACCUGGAGCAGCACGGGCAAGGAACCUGAGCAGGGCUGAGGGGCAGACUCCCGAGGAAGAGUCUGGCAACCUGGAGUCACCCAGCCCUUUCCCAGGAACAUCAGUGGAGAGCCAUUCCCAGAAAUCUGAGCGGGGAAGGCACAACAAGAGGCAGUUCAGGCUCCAAAGGCAGAGGAAGCACCUGGCUAGGAAGGAUUCAGGAACUGGAAGAGGCCAUCAGAGGAGAUCAAGGCCAAAUCUAAAGCCUCCUGAAGAGGGAAAAACUGAGCCCAGAAAGAGCCUAUAUACCUGCCGUUUGUGCAGAGAAGAAUUCAAGGUGCAGAGAGACCUGAUAGGCCACCACUGGAUGGUUCAUAGGAGACAGAAACUGUAUCACUGUAGCGAGUGUGGGGAGAGCUUUAGGAGAAAGAAGGAGUUCAGAGCACAUGGGAAAGCUCACAGAAAGAAGAGAGACCAUCCCUGUAUUGAAUGUGGGAAGAUAUUCCACCAGUUAUCGCAUCUCAUUGCCCACCAGCGAAUACAUACGGGAGAGAGACCCUAUCACUGUGCUGAGUGCGGAAAAAGAUUUUUCCAUAUAUCAGCUCUUAACAUCCACAAGAGAAUCCACUCAGGAGAGAGACCCUUUGCCUGCACUGAGUGUGGAAAGCGAUUUAUGAAUUCAUCAACAUUUCGUAGUCAUCAGGCAAUCCACUCAGAAAAGAGACCCCAUCGCUGUAACCAAUGUGGGAAAGGCUUCAAAGUUGCAUCAAGUCUUACUAGACACCUGAAAAUCCACAGCAAAGAGAGACACUUCUUGUGCCACGAGUGUGGGAAAAAUUUUUGCCUACGAGAACAUCUGAUCAGACAUCAGAGGAUCCACACUGGGGAGCAGCCCCAUUGCUGUGCUGAGUGUGGGAAAAAAUUCAGUCUCCUUCAAAGUCUCAAGAGACACCGGGAAAUCCAUAGCACAGGGAGACUCCAUCGCUGUGCCGAGUGUGGGAAAAUAUUCCGUCAUCUAGAAAAUCUCUCUAGACACAAGAGAGUCCACACUGGGGAACUCUAUCGCUGUACUGAGUGUGGAAAAGGCUUUGUCCGUCUACAACAUCUCACUCGCCACCAGAGAAUCCACACUGGAGAGAAACCCUAUUGCUGCUCUGAGUGUGGGAAAAGUUUCACGCAAUCAUCAGGCCUCACCAACCACCUGAGAAUCCAUUCAGGAGAGCGACCCUAUCCCUGCACUCAGUGUGGGAAGUGCUUUGCUCACUCGUCAUCUCUUACUGAACAUCUGAAAAUCCAUUCAGGAGAACGACCAUAUUCCUGCAUUCAGUGUGGGAAGCACUUUGCUCGCUCAUCAUCUCUUACUCAGCAUCAGAGAACCCACCCAGGAGAGCAACCAUAUUCCUGCGCUCAGUGUGGGAAGCGCUUUGCUCGCUCAGCAUAUCUUACUAAACACCAGAGCAGCCACUGUUCUUGAUGGAGGGAACCUCUUCAUUCUCUCACUUCACCCUGUUCUCAAAGCCUGUAAAAGAGGGAGAACUUGCUCCCACUCUGAAAUGUUCCCACCUCUUCACUAAGCAGACACGAGUUUAGCUUCCGGGUUUGUUAAAAUUAUUUUGUGUAGUCCUGGAGAUGGGAGCAUUUAACCCUAGAGGUACCAAAACAUUCCAUUGUGGGCAUUAUGGGCUGCAGCUGGGACAGAGAUGAUUGGUGUCAGGACUGCACUUUGGAGGCCACAAA